CGCUUUGCAAACCUGGGAGGCGAUUUCCGAGCUCGCCUGGGCAGCAAUGUCAGGCCCCAAUGGAGAGCCGCACCUGAGCCUGGGGAGGGGCGAGGAAGAGGAGCGGGAGGACGGCGAGGAGCACAAUGGCUUCGGGGAGGCAGAAUAUGCAGCUAUAAAUUCUAUGCUGGACCAGAUCAACUCUUGUUUGGAUCACCUGGAGGAGAAGAACGACCACCUGCACGCCCGCUUGAAGGAGCUUUUGGAAUCCAACCGUCAGACACGCCUGGAGUUUCAGCAGCAGCUGAGCGAAGGCGAGGACGGGGAGAAUGACACGCAGAGACCCGAACCAGACACUUAAUGCCCACCUACCUUCUGUGGGAUAAAAGGAGGUGUGGGCACAUAGUUGCUGCUACCAGUGGGACCUCCCCUUCACCAUGGGGUUAGUGUUUGAGUAGAAAAGGUACUUUUGGUUCGUGUGUUUGUUUCAAAUAUCUCCUACCUGCUCUCCUCUCCUCCGGAGUUGUGGUUAUGGCUGUUUAGGUUGUUAAGCUCUCAAGGAAACGGGCCCUGCUUGUUUGUGAAGGGUAGAGGGCAGGAGCUGGAUAGGUCUAAGCUGAAUCACACGUCAGGAUUUAUGUUGAGCCGUGUCCUUUCUGGAUGAGUUUACCAUGGCAAGAAUUGGAAGGCUCUUGAGAAAAAUCUGAUUCCCAAGGUUGCUAGCCCCUAGUUCUGUCUGCCUAGAUGUAGUUCCAUGAUUAGACAUGAAACAAGUCUCCUUAGUUUUGACAGAAAUUGUUGGUUAUUAGCAGGGGCGUCUUACGCAUACCCGGUGCCGUGGUGCAAAGAUCCCUCUGGCGCCCGCCCCCACCCCCCAUUUCCAGCCCUUAGAACAAAAUACAAUGAAAAGGCAGAAGAAAAUCUAAUGAAGUCCUCAAUUCCAAAGCAAGACUCAUUCAAGACUCAGCAGUUCUUCUAAUUCAUCCUCAUGAUUCAAAUAACCACAUCAAAAAGUUAAAGCAAUCGCCAGUUUGUUGUUUUUUAAAUAAAUUGAUAAAGACACAAGAGAAUGAAUUCCCGGCCAAUUUGUGUUUAAGUACAAAGCUCACAUUUUCAAAUAUUGUGGAGUGGGGGUGGGUUUAAAGCAGUGACACCCUGAACCAGCCAGCAUGGAGAGUGCCCAGGAAAAAUGGGAAUUACAAGAGUCCUGCAACAUCUGCCACACUGCAGGUUCCCCAUCACAAAGGUAGAGCAACUGAUCCAAUUUAGAAUUUUAACUGCAUGGCUCAUGGUCCUUUAUUUCCAUUAUUUAAUAUUAACCUGUGUACUCCUUGUACAACUUAACUGUCAAUUAAACAAACAAUUAAAUGAUCCUAUUUAUCUACCCCGUUACAAAAUUUCUUAUUACCUAGUAGUACUAACAUGCUACUUCAACCAAGGUCCACCUAAGCCUUAGUGUCAUGGCCUCAGACCUCUGCAGCUCUGAAGAGGACAUGGAUCCACAUUCUGGUCCUUCUCUUGUGGAUCUACAGCCUGCCUCUCCUAAAUCCAAAGGAGAAACCUCUGCCACCAAGCUCAGGCUAGUCCUCAGACUACUUUGAGGUGAUCAGGAAAGCCCAGAGAGAUCCCCCAAGCUGGGAACCCCAUUACCAUGAAGAAUCCAACACUUACAGGUAGUACUGGCCAGAAGGUGGUCAAUAAGGCUGCAGUGAAGGACAACCCAGCCCUGCUAUGAAGUCCAUCCAGUUGCUCCAGAAAUUUGCUGAAGCAGUUUAGAUGUUUUGUCUAGUCAUCCAGAAUGACUGUUUUCCCCUUGCUGGGCCUUCGCCCUUCCUUGGGGAUGGGCACCGCUGUGGCCCAAAACACCCGGUGUUCUUUGCAAUAAUCCUAGAAGAAUCUAAGCAGUCCUCCAGAACUUGGGCUAUGGCCCACAGCUAGAUAGCCAUGCACCUUCUGCAACGGGGUGAACUCUGCAGUAAGUGUGUUUAGGACCAGUCUUCCUCAGCUGAACAAUGGUCUUGACAUGUUUGUAAUCUUCUGAAGCUGUACUAAAUGAAUCCACUGUUUACCAAAAUGGUUAAUUUUUUUAAAAAACAAAAAAAGAUAAGUAUGGAGUAUAUUGCAUCUGGCCUCCAUUUGUUGUUUGUCUUUUAUUCUCCCCCCCCCCGGCAAUCUUGGGUGGCACACUCCUGAUUUAGUGAUUUGUGUAAAAGCAUUGCCUGCUUUUCUCUAGUAAUUCCUGGUUGUGGCUCAAGAGGAGGAAUAUGAGGAACUUGAAGCCCCCUCUCCAGCUGCUCCCACUAGCGCCCCAGCCAGGAAUGGUGGGGGUUAUAGUGUAGCAACAACUGGAGGGACACAGCUUCCUCAUCCUUGCUUUACAAAGAAGCCAGUGCCUGUGGAUGACCAGUGUUUUUCUAACUUGAAUCUCCAGCUGUUGUUGGACCACAAUUCCCAUUAUCCCCAGUGAGCAGGACCAGUGGUCAGGGAUGAUGGGAGCUGAGGUCCAACAACCGAUGGGAGAGACAUGGUAUUACCAGUGUUUCCCUAUCCCAAUGGGAUUGGACUCUUCAGUCAUUGCACUUGGGGAUGAUGUCAAUUACCCUUUUAAGCCUGCGAAAUUUCUAAUUACCAUUGUAAUCUCACAAUAAGAGCUCAGAGACCAAUUUUACUCUGAAUAACCUCCAACGUUUCUAAAGAUGCAACUUUUAAUAAAUCAAGAGUGAUUAUGGAAAAAGUCUCUGGGUGUUCUGUUUGGAUCUUUUGCCCAAUGUAGGGCUCGAACUUGCAAUCCGAGAUAUCCUGAGUUGCUUCUAUGAACAUAGGUUUAAAAUGCAAGUGUCAGUUACAUCUGAGAUCAGAGAAAGGGAGCAUGUGACACACCAGGUUCUAUUGAGAGCUGGAGUCCCAUCAGCCCGAACAGCCAAUAAUCUGGGGUGUUGGAAUCCAAUUAACAAAUGGGAGGGCCACAUAUUCCUCAAACACCCAGCUUUUCCCCACACUGUACUUGCAAAAAAUGCAAAGUAUAUUAGUGGCUCUAUUAAAAAGCAGGAAGAUGAGGUGGAAGAUCAUAGGCUGGAUGCUUUAAAUGACUUGAGGAGGAAUUCUCUACACCAGCCUUUCUCAACCUUGGGUCUCCAGCUGUUGUUGGAUCGCAACUCCCACCAUCCCUAGCAAGCAGUCACAGUAGUCAAGGAUGGAGGGAGUUGUAGUCCAAGUUUGAGAAAGGCUGUUCUGCAGAGUGCUUUUCCUGGUCCAGUGGGUUCAAGAAUUGCCAUGAAGAGCAAGGCUCACAGUAAUCCUGCUAGCAAAUGGACAUGCAAAGCCAUGGAU